AUGUAGCAGACAGAAGGAACUGGAUCAACUGCCACAUACACUAUACAGUGCCUUUGGAAAGUAUUCAAACCCUUGACUUUAUCCACAUUGUUACAUCUACAAAUCUACACACAAUACCACAUAAUGACAAAGCAAAAACCUGUUUUGGGAAAUUUUAGCAAAUGUAUUAAAAAAUACAUAAGACUUCAGACCCUUUGCUAUGAGACUUGAAAUUGAGCUCAGGUGCAUCCUGUUUCUAUUGAUCAUCCUUGAUGUUUCUACAACUUGAUUGCAGUCUACCUGUGGUAAAUUCAAAGGAUUGGACAUGGCACACAGGUCUGUAUAAGCUUCCACAGUUGACAGUGCAUGUCAGAGCAAAAACCAAGUCAUGAGGUCAAAGGAAUUGUCAGAGCCUGAAUGCCAAGCGUCACAUCUGGAGGAAACCUGGCACUAUCCCUGCGGUGAAGCAUGGUGGUGGCAGCAUCAUGCUGUGGGGAUGGUUUUCAGCGGCAGGGACUGGAGGGAAAGAUGAACGGAGCAAAGUACGGAGAUCAUUGAUGAAAACCUGCUCUGGGGCGAAGGUUCAAUGCAGGACUGGCUUCGGAACAAGUCUCAAUGUCCUUGAGUGGCCCGUACUUGAACCCGAUCGAACAUCUCUGGAGAGACCUGAAAAUAGCUGUGCAGAAACGCUCUCCAUCCAACCUGACAGCGCUUGAGAGGAUCUGCAGAGAAGAAUGGGAGAAACUCUCCAAAUACAGGUGUGCCAAGCUUCUAGUGUCAUACCCAAGGCGGCUCGAGGCUGUAAUUGCUGCCAAAGGUGCUUCAACAAAGUACUGAGUAAAGGGUUUGAAUACUUAUAUAAAUGUGAUAUUUAUGUGUAGAAUUUGUAUUUAUAUAUUAAUAAGGUUGUAACCUAACAAAACAUGGAAAAGGUCUAGUGGUCUGAAUACUUUCCGAAGGCCCUUUUUAUAUACAGAAGUAUGUGGACACCUUCAAAUGAGUGGAUUUGGCUAUUUCAGCCACACCCGUUCCUGACAGUUGUAUAAAAUCGAGCACACAGCCAUGAAAUUUCCAUAGACAAACUUUGGCAGUCGAAUGGCCUUAGUGAAGAGCUCAAUGACUUUCAAUAUGCCAGUACGUAAAAUUUCAACCUAGAGCUGCCCCGGUCAACUGUAAGUGCUGUUCUUGUGAAGUGGAAACAUCUAGGAGCAACAACGGCUCAGCUGUGAAGUGGUAGACCAUACAAGCUCACAGAAAGGUACCGUUGAAGCACAUAGUGUGUCAAAAUUGUCGGUACUCGGCUGCGUCAUUCGCGACAGGGUUCAAAACUGCUUCUGGAAGCAACGUCAGCACAAUAACUGUUGGUUGGGAGCUUCAUGAAAUGUGUCUCGAUGGCUGAGCAGCCGCACACAAACCUAAGAUCACCAUGCGCUAUGCUAAGCGUCAACUGGAGUGGUGUGAAGCUCACCGCCAACUGGAGUGGUGUGAAGCUCACCGCCAUUGGACUCUGGAACAGUGGAAACACAUUGAUCUGGAGUGAUGAAUCACACUUCACCAUCUGGCAGUCUGACUGACGUAUGGGUUUGGCUGAUGCCAGGAGAAUGCUACCGAUCCCAAAUGCAUAGUGCCAACUGUUUAUUUUGGUUGAGGAAUAAUGGUCUAGGGUUGUUUUUCAUGGUUCGGGCUAGGCCCCUUAGUUCCAGUGAAAGGAAAUCUUAACGCUACAGCAUACAAUGACAUUCUGUGCAUUCAACUUUGUGGCAACAGUUUGGGGAAGGUCCUUUCCUGUUUCAGCAUGACAAUGCCCCCGUGCACAAAGCGAGGUCCAUUCUGAAAUUGUUUGUUGAAAUUGUGUGGAAGAACUUGACUGGCCUGCACAGAGCCCUGACCUCAACCCCAUCGAACACCUUUUGGAUGAAUUGGUGCACUGACUAUGAGCCAGGCUUAAUCGGCCAACAUCAGUGCCCGACCUCACUAAUGCACUUGUGGCUGAAUGGAAGCAAGUCCCCACAGCAAUGUUCCAACAUCCUAGUCGAAAGCCUUCCUAGAAGAGUGGGGGCUGUGAUAGCAGCAAGGGGGGGACCAACUCCAUAUUAAUGCCCAUGAUUUUGGAAUGAGAUGUUUGACGAGCAGUUGUCCACAUACUUUUGGUCAUGUAGUGUAUGUGCUUGGGUGGGUUACUUUGGGAAGGAAUGGAGAGAGGUAGUUUGAGACAUUGCAGUUUAUAUUGUGGAAUAAAAACAUUUUCUCCUAAUAUCAAAGGGACGGUUUUCAUCUUUUAAUUUGGUCCACUAGGUGUCGUAAUAUCAACACUUGUGUUGUACCACUAUCCUAUAAGCAGGUUUCUUGCGUGAUGAAUGCAUAAGGAUUAUUGGUGUUAGUCAAAAGAACCUUGAAUUAAAUGGCCAUAAUAGGCUACAAAAGUAUACAUCUCGAUGACAUCAUGCACAAACUUAGAAUAGCCCCAUACAAAAUAUAGAUUAUUUAAUAGCUAUCAAUUUGCAUUUUUCCUUGUGUUGUCAUAUGGCUCCAGUCCAGCUCCGGUGCGCUGAUCUCAAAUUGAGCAUUGAGCAAAACAGUUAUUCGAGAGGCGGCCCAGGCAGUCUUCCUGAUAGUUUGGACAAGGAGAUGGUACUGACCUAUUUCAAUUGCACUAAAAGACCAUUUCAAAGAGCGACUGGAGAGGUCAAUGAACCUGAGGUUAGUGUUCCAAUACAACUAUUAUUAUCAAAGGACUUUUGGAGACCGGACGUACCAAUUACGCACCGGUUUGCGUAACAGGACAUUUUCGUGGGAAAUAAUGUGGAAAGUGCAGAAUCAAUGCCCCGUGGAGAGCGAGGAUGAUUCCGAUAUUGACAAACUGUUAGCAGCUCUGACAUCCGCCGAGGUGGAAGAGCUGCAGCGCGAACUGACCGUUAUUGACCCGGAUCCAACUGUGCCAGUCGGGCUCCGGCAGAGGAACCAGACAGACAAGCAGCCGUCAAUUAAAUACAAUAGGGGGGCGAUGCUUGACUACUCUGAGCGCGAAACCAAGACACUCAUUCAAAGGGAGCUGUCCUUUGAGGAGCCAACAACUGACAGAGUGAAAUGGGAACGCCUGAAGAAGAUUGGGAAGAGCUGUGCUAGUUUCUUCUACUUCAAGUCAGAUGACCCGGAUGACCAGGAUGUCAUAGACCUAAACUUCUCUGCUGUGGAGACCACUAAGGAGGACGUAUCCAAGGACAAAGAGGAAAAACCAGAGAGCAAGAACUUGAAGGGUGAGGGAGGGAGUAGAGAGGAAAAUGAGGAAAGAGCACAUAGUAGGUUAGGAGGAGAUAAGGACAAAGACAGUGAAAAAAAGGAAGAUAAGAUUGUUGAAAAUAGCAGUGAAGUACAGGUUAAAGUAAAGGACAAAAAGGACAAGUGUAGUAACAAAACCAUUCACCUUAUCUCAAAAUUGCAAACAAAAAAGAGGAUAUGAAAGAAAAGGAGGAAAAAAACAGAACCAAGACAGACUCUAAAACCAAGGACCUGAUUUCAAAGCUUCGAGGGCAAGCUGAGAAAGACGAUAGUAAGAAUAAAGAUAAGAAAGAGAACUCUCAGAAAAUGAAGGAUAGCAAGAUAUGAGGAAUGUUCUCUAAAGUAGAGGAAAAGCAAAAAGAACUCAGAGGGACUGAGACAAAGAAAAAGAGGAAUAAUGAGAAGGACAAAGAGAGAGAAAACACCCAAUCCCUCAGGAAACCAAAUAGUGUCCAGGAUAAGACAGAGAGACAGUGAAAAGGAGACAGAAAGGAAUCCUAGUAAAUACAGUAAGGUCAACAAUGUAAACCUAAAGAACAGCAGUAGGGAUGAACGCCUGGCUGGUGAAGUCAUGGAGGGAGACGAGGAGGCCAGCAUGUUUGAUGAGGUCCUUGAGCAGGUCAGAAAAGAUUACCCUUUAAUGACGGAGCUCAAUGUCAACAACUCAGAUGUCAUCAAGACCCACACUCUCAACCAAUUUGCAGAAGCACUACAACGCAACACACGUCAAGAUGUUUGCUUUAGCCAACACCUGGGCUGACGACCAUGAGGCUUAUGCCAUUGCCGGAACUCUGCGGAACAACACGUCUCUGACCAGCGUAAUCCUUGACUCCAACCAUCUCACUGGCAAGGGAAUUUUGGCCGUAGGUCAUGCCUUGGAGAAAAAUAUAACCGUCACUGAGCUGCGCUUCCACAACCAGCGGCACAUCUGUGGAGACAAGACAGAGACGGAGAUGGCCAAUGCGUUGAGAAACAACACCAGGUUGAUGAAGCUGGGCUACGGCUUUGAGCUGGCUUGACCAUGAACGACAUCCUGAGUCGGAAUAUGGACUUGCAGCGUAUGAUCUCUGUAAUUGCAAACAAAGGUUUCUGUACCAAAUAUUAAGUUCUGCUAUUCUGAUGUAUCAAAUACUUAUGUCAUGCAAUAAAAUGCAAAUGAAUCACUUAAAAAUCAUACAAUGUGAUUUUCUGGAUUUUUGUUUUAGAUUCCGUCUCUCACAGUUGAGUGUACCUAUGAUAAAAAAAAUGA